AUGCCUUGUUUAAGAGUCAGAGUUUCUAAACGCGAAAAUUUGGAUUCAGAAAAUAUGAGGAAGGCUGUGAAAGAAGUAAUUGAAAAACGCAUGACAUUUCGUAAUGCCUGUAUUGAAUUUUAUGUACCUAAAAGCACUCUAGAAAGAAAGAUUAAACAAAAGAACUUAGAUCCUAGUUAUGACACUGGGAACAAAGUGGCAUUAGGACCAAUAUCUAAAGUGUUUUCAACUGCUGAAGAAACUGAGCUGUAUCCUAUAUAUUUUCUAUAUUUUAAAUCAUAUUUUGCUUGUUUUUAG